CAAUCGUACCUGCCACGACACGACAGCACAUUACGAAGCAGAGGUGCAGUGUGCUGCCCUUUCUUUAAUAAAUAACAAAAUAAUUUAAAAAAUUAUUGUUGGUAAAAAGUGAAAGUGAGGUAGACAUUCAAAAUGUCUAAAGAUGCUAAUCCUAAGGAAUCCAUCAUUAAGGCUGCAUAUGCCGAUGUGAACAAGUUUGGACAGAAUGGGGAGUUCGACAAGGCUAUGAAAGCUGUGAAUAGAAUUCUCGGCGUUGCUCCUGAUGAUCAGACUGCCUUGCAUUGCAAAGUUAUCUGUUUGAUUCAAGUUUCGAAAUUCGAAGAAGCUGUCAAAUUUAUUGACAAGAAUAAGCUUGCUUCGGCCUUGAUCUUCGAAAAGGCUUACUGCGAAUAUCGUUUGAAUAAACCUGAGAAUGCUUUGAAGAUCAUUGACGAUGCCCGUCUGCCAUCGUUACCACCCAAUCUAAAAGAGUUGCGCACUCAAGUCCUGUACCGUCUUGAACGUUACGAAGAGUGUUUUGAAUCCUAUAAGGAAAUCAUAAAGAACACCAGCGACGAUUACGAAGAUGAAAGGCGUACUAAUCUAAGCGCCGUUGCAGCUAAUUUGGCCUUGGACGAAACAAAGGACAUUCCCGAUAUUCCGGAAGAAACCUAUGAACAGCAUUUCAAUGGAUCAUGCAUUUUGUCGAAUCGCCAAAAAUAUGUGGAGGCAGAAAAGAAACUGCGUGCCAGUGAAAAGUUGUGCCGUGACACUUUGGAAGAGGAUGGUGCAUCUGAAGAUGAGAUACGCGAGGAAUUGGACGUAAUUCGUGUGCAGAUUGCAUAUUGCUUGCAGAUGCAAGGAAAAACUAAGGAGGCUGCCUCCAUUUAUGCUGAGGUCUUGAAGAAUAAGCCCAAGGAUCCAGCCUUGGUUGCAGUGGCAAGCAACAAUUCAGUUGCCAUCAACAGAGACCAACAUGUCUUCGAUUCGAAGAAGAAAAUACGUUCAGCUUUGGCUGAAUCAUGCGAACAUAAAUUGACUUCGCGUCAAAAGAAGGCCAUUGCUUUGAACAAUUGUCUGUUGGCACUGUUUACCAAUUCUAGUGAACAGGUGCAGCAAUUCUGUACCAAACUGGCUAAUCAAUAUCCAGAUUUGGAGUUCCAGACUGUGUUGAUAAAAGCCACACAGUUGUCUAAAGACAAGAAGCAGAAGGAGGCUAUUGAUUUAUUGCAAAAAUAUGCCUCCAACACUAAGGAUAAAGAUCAGGCAUUUGCCACCAAAUUUGCAAUUAUUCAAUUGCUUUUGUCCCAGGGAGAUCGUAAGGGAGCUGUUGAAGUUUUCUUGUCGCUGGGUGAAAAUAAAUAUAAGCCUGGAAUUGUAUCGGCUUUGGUGACUCUGUACUUGGGCCUUAACAACAAACCAGCUGCCUCUGAAUUAUUGAAAACUGCCGUGGACUGGUAUAAAAAGAAUAACGUCAGCAGUGCUGAUCUUUCGGAUAUGUGGCGUCAAGCUGCUGAAUUCCAUUUGCGCGGCGGUGCAACAGAAACUGCAGCCAGCUCUCUGGAAGAGUUGCUUAAAUUGAAACCGAAUGACAUGAAGGUUCUGGCUCAAUUGGUUAUAGCAUAUGCCCAGUUCAAUCCCAAAAAAGCUUUGGAAGUCAGUAAGAAAUUGCCUAAAUUGGAGACAUUGACCACAGCAUCUGAAAUUGAUGCCCUGGAGUCGGCCAAUUGGGUAAUGUCCACCAAGGCAGCCAAGAAGUCGGCAAAUGCCAAGAUCGAAAUGUCUCCCGGCACACCAGUGGUGGAGCGUAAAAAGAACAACAGACGUAAGCGUAAAGGCAAAUUGCCCAAGAACUACAAUGCCGAGGUUCCACCAGAUCCCGAAAGAUGGUUGCCCAAGUACGAACGUACCGGUUAUCGCAAGAAGCGUGAUCGCAGAACUAAGGAAAUUAUUAAGGGCUCUCAGGGCAUGUCAUCCCAAGCUGCAGAGCAAUAUGAUAUGUCUAAUCGUGCAAACUUGGGUAAGAAUUCUCCUGCCACUCCGGUAUAUCAAGAGCCCACACCAGGACCACGCCAACAACAUCGUAAGGGUGGUCACAAAAAGAAGAAGGGCAAUAACCGUUUCUAAACAAACUGGGGGACUUCUGAGGUUCUUUUGAAAAAUGCAUGCAGAAUAUUCACUACGGCAAAAAAGAAUGUGUGUUCAGAAUUUGUUUUAUUUCAAUACUUUUUAUAAAUAAAGUAAGAUUGUGCAUUUUUUGAAACCAUA